CCAGUGGACCUGCGGCAGCUCAUCUUCUCGUACCUGUGCCUCUCGGACCUGGGCCACUGCGGCCUGGUCUUCAGGGGCUGGUGUGAGCUUGUCCUCAGCCUGGACAGGACGCGGUGGCAGCAGCUCUGCCUGGGCUGCCUGGAACACCGACACCCCAGCUGGCCCAACCGCCCCAGCGUGGAGCAGCGCUCCUGAAGACAGGCCUUCAAACACCACUCCCUGGCCUCCAAGACCUGGACCAAAAAUACGCAAGACCCCGAGUCCUCCACAUGCCUCUCCCUCUUCCGCAGGAGGAAGGGCCGGUGCCAGCUCUGCAUUGGCGUCGGGGGUGAGUUCAGCAGCCUCCAGGCCACCCUGGCCGUCGCCAGCCCCUGUGACUGGCUGGUGCUGCUCCUGGGAGUGCAUGAGGAGCCGAGCGAGGUGCUGCUGAAGGUGCUGGUGGAGGUGGUGGGGCAGGGCAGGCUGGGGGAUGUGGCGCUGCUGGCCAGCAUCGACCAACUCUGGCCCCACUGCCUGACUUCACGGUUCGUCCAGGACUGCUUUUUCUUGCUCUGCAAUGAUCUCCCCUUGUGCUUGCUCUCCUCAGGCUACGUCCAGUUUGACAACUGCAACUUCGAAGGCGGGCAGCUGCAGAUCCAGGUGCCAGGGACGUGCCAGGUGAAGUUCUGCACCUUCAGCUAGUCCAGCAUCCACCUCCGCAGCGUGGCCCUCUGCGUCCUGGAGAACUGCGAGUUCACCGGCAGUGAGAACGCCUCUGUGACCAUGGAGGGCUGCCCGAGCUCCGACCGUAACUGGGCUUGCAAGCACCUGGCCGUGCUGGCCAAGUCCUGCGCAGUGUUUGUGCAGCAGCCUGACCCAGCCGGUGCUGAACGGGAUAGCUUGGGGGGAAUUGCUGCUGGGACCACCCAGGACACUGAAUUCGGAGACAACCUGCAGGCAGCAAAGGAGGAGGAGUACCCGGCCCUCGACUCAAAGUCCAGUAACAGUGAGUCACGCAGCAACGAUGAGGAGGAUGCUCAGGCUGCACGCAAAGUGCCCUGCCAAGCCCACCGCCAGAGUCGCGUGUGUGCAGACGUUACACACAGCAGGCUGCACGCCCUUCAGAGGGACCUCAAGCUCAAGUCUCUGCAGCAGGAGCUGCAGCAGGACAAGGAGGCCCAGUUGUUGGCCAGCUCUCUGCAAGGCUGCAUCAUCCGGCAGUGCCUCUUCAGGGACAGGAAGGGAGGAAUCUUCAUUUAUUCGCGAGGGCAAGCAAAACUGGAAGGAAGCAUCUUCAGGGAUCUGACCUACGCAGCAGUGCGCUGCAUACAAAACAGUAAGGUGCUGUGA